UCUUAAAGGAAAAUUCACAUAGGGCAUGACAGAGGGGUAUUCCUGGUGUCCAAAAUUGACCUCAUCACUUGACUCCUACAGAAGUUGAUUUAUAUCAGACUUCUCACUUCUGUGUGGAAUUUCCAACCAGAUAGAAAAUUGCCCAUAAAGGUCCGGUAAAUGUCAGCAUCUGGGGGCUGCAAGAAUUAAUAGAUUAUCCUCUGUAAAGAACUAAAGCGGAGAGCUCCCAACUUCUCAACGGGCUAUGUUGGUAAGGAAUUACUAGGAUUCCAUGAAUAGUUUCUGGUUUGCAUAUUAUUGCGUCUGUCUAGCUUGUUCUAUGUUGAAAACAUCUGCUUUGACUGAAAGCAUCGCUGCGUCCCAAUCCCUUAGAGAUGGUGAGACAAUGGUUUCAAAUGGAGGAAGUUUUGAGUUGGGAUUUUUCAGUCCUGGUAAUUCCAAGAACCGAUACUUGGGAAUUUGGUACAAGAAUAUACCAGUAAGAACUAUUGUCUGGGUUGCAAACAGGAAAAAUCCUAUAAAAGAUAUGUCUGGCUCACUGAUGAUCAACAGCACAGGCAGUCUUUUACUUUCUGAUGGGACAAACACUGUGGUUUGGUCAACAUAUUCAACCAGGAUACCUCAAUCUCCAGUAGCACAACUCUUGGAUUCUGGAAAUCUUGUUGUGCGAGAUAUCAAAGAUGGUGAUGCAGACAGUUAUCUUUGGCAGAGUUUUGAUUACCCAUCUGAUACAUUGUUACCAGGUAUGAAGCUUGGAUGGAAUUUGAGAACUCAUCUUAAUAGGCGCCUAUCUUCAUGGAAGAGUUCUGACGAUCCAUCCCCUGGAGAGCUGAGUAAUGGUAUAGAACUUGAUGCAUAUCCUCAGGGAGUUAUGCGGAAAGGUAGCAGAAAGUAUUUCCGAGGGGGUCCCUGGAACGGUCUGAGAUUUAGUGGUGCUCCUGAAUUGAAGAGCAAUCCUUUAUUUGAUUUCAAGUUUGUAUCCAACCAAGAUGAGGUUUACUACCAGUACCGACUCCUGAAUACAUCAGUGAUUACAAGGCUCGUUUUAAAUGAAACAACCUCCACCCGCCAGCGGUAUGUAUGGGCCGAACCAGAUAUGUCAUGGAAGCUUUAUGCAUCGGUACCACGUGACUACUGUGACACUUAUGGUUUAUGCGGUGCUAAUGGAAUUUGCAUAAUAAGUGACUCACCAGUUUGCAAGUGUUUAGAAGGUUUCAAGCCAAAUUUUCCUCAGAGCUGGGAUGCUAUGGACUGGUCACGUGGAUGCAUCCACAACGAGCCUCUGGACUGCAGAAGAAAACAUGGUUUCAUCAAAUUUUCUGGCUUAAAAUUGCCAGAUACGACAUAUUCUUGGGUGAACGAAAGCAUGAAUCUGUGGGAAUGCAGGGAGGAAUGCUUGAAGAACUGUUCUUGUACGGCUUACACAAAUUCAGACAUUCGUGGAGGAGGCAAUGGAUGCGCCCUGUGGUUUGGAGAUCUUGUUGAUAUUAAGCAGGUUUCUGGUGGUGGGCAGGAUCUCUAUAUACGGAUGCCAACUCCACAUCGAGAAAACAGGUCUCCAGUACAAAUAGCUAUGAUCGUAGUUCCCAUUGCCUCAGUUUGCGGAUUGCUUCUUGGAGUCUGCUACUGUUUCCGACAAAAGCUGAAACCAAAAGGUGAAAAUGAAGAAGAUGAUCACCCUGAUGUAUUCCAAGGAGAAGAUCUGGACCUACCAUUGUUUGACUUGGGUACAGUUGCUCGUGCGACAGAGAAUUUCUCCAUGAACAAGAAGCUUGGCGAAGGUGGUUUUGGACCUGUCUACAAGGGAUUACUAGUAGAUGGGCAAAAUAUUGCAGUGAAGAGGCUAUCGAUGAGUUCAGGACAAGGAGUGAACGAAUUCAAGAAUGAAGUAAAACUGAUUGCAAAACUUCAGCACAGAAAUCUUGUGAAGCUUCUUGGUUGUUGCAUUGAAGGCGACCAGAAAAUAGUGAUUUAUGAAUACAUGCCCAACGGAAGUUUGGACUCAUUUCUAUUUGAUCAAACAAGAGGGCCGUCAUUAGAUUGGUCCAAGCGUUUCAACAUCAUCUGUGGCAUUGGUCGGGGGCUUCUCUACCUUCACCAGGAUUCCCGAUUGAGGAUCAUCCACAGAGAUCUUAAAGCAAGCAAUGUUUUACUUGAUGAUGAGCUAAACCCAAAAAUCUCCGACUUCGGGAUGGCAAGAACUUUUGGAGGGGAUCAAGUUGCAGAAAAUACAAGAAGAAUAGUGGGAACAUAUGGUUACAUGGCACCAGAGUACGCUCUCUACGGUUUAUUUUCAGUGAAAUCUGAUGUUUUCAGCUUUGGAAUUCUACUCUUGGAGAUAGUGAGCGGAAAGAAGAACCGAGGCUUCGACCCCUCACAGAACCAUCACAAUCUAAUAGGAUAUGCAUGGCAAUUGUGGACAGAAGGCAGACCAUUAGAACUAGUUGAUUCAUCAUUAGACUAUCGGCUCAUUCAACCUGAGGUGAAGCGGUGCAUCCACGUCGGUCUCUUAUGUGUCCAGCAGAAUCCAGAAGACCGGCCAAAUAUGUCGACCGUGGUUCUUAUGUUGAAUGGGGAGAGCUAUCUCCCCCAGCCAAAGCAGCCUGGGCUUUUGAUAGAUGUGGUUCCAAGCGAAACAUGUUCGUCAUCAAGCAAGAACGAAUCAUGUUCUGUCACUGAUUUCACCAUUACUACAUUGGAGGCUCGCUGAGAGAUCGAUUCACAGAUCAAGUGCAAGUAUGUGGUGCACAACAGAUGAACUAGACAUGGAAUCAUACGACCGCUGCACCGUUACAUCCCCUGAUAGCAAUGUUGUAGUAAAAUCUGGUCAGGAAAAAAACAAAAAAUUCCUAGUAUUUGUGUCUUGUGAAUGAACAGUGAUUUCGAUGGAAAUUAAGGCAAAGAGUGAUGCAACAGACAUUAUUGUCUUCUGAGAGAGAAGCUUCUAAUUCUAGUUGAGUGAGCAAAAUCAGUGCACAGGCAGAAAUGAGAAGAGAUGAAAAGGACAAGUGGGAGUGUGUUUGGGCUUUCUUGGCAAGACGUUGAAAUCAUGAAAGCUUGGGGUUGGCUUCUUGAUGCAAAAGCCGAUUCUUCAUCACUCUUUUUGUGGGCCUUAGCCAUGGGGAAUCAAUCAUUGUCGAAAAUUGAGACUAAGUUUUAUUUUUAUUUCGAUUUUAAGUAUUUUUGUCAUCAUUUCAUAUU